AUGGUUCUUGACUCCAACAUGGCGGAUGAGCCGAAAAUGGCACCUACUACCCACGCCCUCGACUUGCUGCAGGGCCAGGCUCACGAGCACGCCACUGCCUCUCCGACCAUUCUCACUCCUGCGCCGGAUCGGAUUCCCAUCUACAAGAUCGACAUGGCCAUGCCUGCCGGAGAGCGAUUCACAAGGCUUGCCAAAGACUUUGCUCCCAAGAUAAGACGAGCGAGCCCUCUUUUUGACGAGGUGGUUGAGAUGCUCUUUGGCAAGAGCCUGGCUGGCAUUGCCAAGUUCACUUCUCGCUUCGCCCUCAGAAAGGUUUUUGACCCCGAGCAGACCAAGGAGAUCAAGUCCAUCGCUGCCGCCGCCGGUAUCCCCUCUCACCUGCUCGUGUCCCUCAACGUCUUCCUUGACAUGAUGCUUGGCUGCACCUCUGGGGCUGCCUUCGUCAAGGUCGGCUCCAAGGACCAGGCUGGUGACAAUGGCCCUGAUCGUCUGCUGCACUUUCGCACUCUUGAGUGGGGCAUGGAUAUUUUGCGUGAGCUUCUCGUCAUCAUUGAGUAUGUCGACACGAGCACCGGCUCGAACGAAGUGAUUACCAGAUCAGUCACGUAUGCUGGUUUUGUCGGCUCGCUGACUGGCGUUCGAAAGGGCCUGUCAGUCUCUCUCAACUUCCGCCCCGUUCACGAGUGUGGAACCUCUUCCCUUCUCAAGCACCAGCUCAUGGUCCUGCUUGGCUUGCGCGAGUCUAUUCCUUCUAUGCUUCGCCGUAUUCUUCUGAAUGAAAACAUUCCCACCAAAAAGCCCAAGGUCCACGACAGCAAAGUCAUUAACCCCCAUGAUAACGGCGAGAAGCUGGCUUCCAUCACUUCUAUCGCCAAGAAGCUUGCCUCUGUCCCGGCCUCUCCCUGCUACCUAACCCUCUGCGAUGGAGAGCAGGUCAUGAAUGUCCUCAAGGACCUCCACAGCGGCAAGAUCAAGACGAGCAACCUCUUCCAGAUCCAAUGCAACCACGACCCUGACCAUGACCACUGCUGUGGCCACAAAACUACCCGCCGCGACGCCAACCCCGCCCAGGCUAAGAUCAUGGGCUCUGAGGUCUGGCUCGAGGAGUCCGAAGAGCGCCAGCACGCCCUCCACGAGAAGUGGAUCGACCAUAUCCGAGCUAUCACCAGGGACGCUGAUGCCACCUGGAAGGCCAGACAGAAUGGCAUCUGCCAGGACAUUGAGAUUGAGGCCGAGGUUGACGACCCCAUUGAGAUGCCGGGUAUCGGCGAGGCCAAGCUUCGCGAGUGGGUCUCAACAUACCCUACCACCAACGAGUCCACUCACUUUAUGUGCAUCAUGGACUCUCUUACUGGUGAGAUCCGCUGGAUCUCCCGUGGCCCCGAGCCGUAUAGGAGCCACGAGGCGGGCAGCGCUGUUUAG